GAGAAUCAAGAGGUGUUAAAGGAGUUUAUGGCUUUAGAACAUGUGAAACCAACAGAUGACUGCAGAACUGGCAAAGCACCAGAAAACCAGGAUAAAAACAGAUACCAAGAUAUUCUUCCAUAUGAUAAGACGCGAGUUCCUCUGGGAGAAAAGAAUGGCUACAUUAACGCAAGUUACAUUAGAAUGAAAGUUGGAGGAGAGGAACAUUUCUAUAUUAUAACCCAAGGACCUCUGCCAUCAACGAUGGCUGAUUUCUGGCAAAUGGUCUGGGAGAGUGAAUCAGACGUGAUUGCCAUGGUGACAAAAGAAGUGGAGCUCGGGCAAGUCAAAUGUCAUCGAUACUGGCCCGAACCUCCCCAUGACUCUAUAGACCUAGCUAAUUUCCAUCUCAGGCUGGACAAUUAUGAGAUUCUGGAAUACUUCAUAAUUAGAACAAUAGAAAUUAUCAACAAGCAGACAGAAGAGAAGCGCAUUAUAAGUCAUUUGCAGUUUACCACUUGGCCAGACCACAAUACUCCCAAACUGGCUGAGCAGCUUGUAAAGUUUAUUUGUUACAUGAGAAAAGCUCACAAUACAGGACCUAUUGUUGCUCACUGCAGCACUGGCAUUGGAAGAAGUGGAAUUUUGCUGUGUGUUGAAGUUCUGCUCAGCUAUAUAGAAGAAGAUCUAUGUUUCAACAUCAAGCAGAUAGUGAGAGAUUUGAGAGAUCAGCGUUUUGGCAUGAUCCAAACUAAGGAUGACUAUUUAUUCUGUUAUGAAGUUGCACUGGAAGUCCUUCAGAACCUUCAAGCAAUGGAUUCCUACUGA